UCUCAUGAACCACGUUCCUGAAGCUAUAUUGCGUUGCCCUUUUGAUUACACAAAUUGAGCACACUUAAAAACUUGUUUAAAAUGUCAGAAAUAGAUUUACUGUUCAUAUAUUGUUAAAACAUUUUUACUAAUGAAUUUUCCUGAAUUCGGAAAAUUGAAGGUUAUUUUUUGUUUAAGGCUGAAAAAUUGAUUGCCUAAAGUAAUAUAUUGACUGUCUACAAGUUAAUUGUUUAAUAAUGGAUGGAAAACAUCUGAAUGAGGGAGGACCAUUGAUGUUGGAUUCUCAGCAACUACGACAAAUGGAACAACAAGAAAUACAAAAACAGUUAGCAAGUGUUCCACCUUCAAUGAAUAUGCUUCCUCCUCAAUUGAUUGGAAUGACGCCACCCAUGCAAAAUCAAAACAAUUUUUCUCCUCAGAUGGAGACUCAAAAGUCAUCACUACCCAGCCUCUUAACAAUGAAAAUAACGCCUCCUACUGAAAUACCUAAUCAAGCUGAUCAAGUUGAUAAGGUAUUAGAUCCUUCGACGAUGAAAUUACCCGCUGCUCUUGAACAAGCUCUUGCUUUUAAAAAUGAACGGGCAAAAGAAGUUGGUGGAUCAGAAUUUGAUCAAUUAAAUACAGACAUUUCUCGCGAAACAAUUAUUUCAGAUGAUAUGACAGUUUUGGAUGAUUUAAUUCUUGAAACUGAAACCAUUUUUGAAAAGAGCGAUACACGUUUUAAUAAGGUAAAGAAGAAGAAAAAGAAGAAAAAGAAAAAGCAUUCUAAUGAACAGAAUAGAUUAGAUGAAGUGAAUAAAGAGUUAUUAAUUAAUGCAAGUUCAAAAGAAAAAAUAAUGCCUGAAAUUGAAUAUGUUCAAGAAGUUCCUGGUAUUGAAGAUUUAGAACCUAUGUAUAGGCAAUUCGCAAGAGUUUUCGAAGCUUUUAAACUAACAGAACCUGAACCUCGAGUUAACGAAGAUAAGGGUGAAACAAUUGAACAAUAUCCACCACUUUCAGCCACCCCAGCUUCUUUAGUGCCUAGCAAAGCUCCACUUCUAGAUGAAUUUGAUGAAGAUGUUAACGCUCAUCAACAACAACAGCAAGAUGUUGGUGAAAAUGGAACUCCAAGAUUAUCUAAAAGAAAAUUAAAAAGAUUAACGAGGUUAAGCGUUGCAGAGCUUAAACAACUUGUCGGUCGUCCAGAUGUUGUUGAAAUGCAUGACGUAACUGCAAGAGAUCCAAAGUUACUUGUACAGCUAAAAGCACAUCGAAACACAGUACCUGUUCCUCGUCAUUGGUGUUUUAAAAGAAAAUAUCUACAAGGUAAAAGAGGUAUUGAAAAACCGCCAUUUGACUUACCGGAUUUUAUAAAACGAACAGGAAUAACUGAAAUGCGCGCUAGCUUACAAGAGCGUGAUGACACAAAAACUUUAAAAGCAAAAAUGAGAGAAAGAGCACGACCAAAAAUGGGUAAAAUUGAUAUUGAUUAUCAAAAAUUACAUGAUGCCUUCUUUAAAUGGCAAACAAAACCAAGAAUGACAAUACACGGUGAUCUUUAUUAUGAAGGAAAAGAAUUUGAGACACGAUUAAAAGAAAAGAAACCUGGUGAAUUGUCUGAUGAGCUACGAACUGCUUUAGGAAUGCCAAUUGGACCAAAUUGUCAUAAAGUGCCACCACCAUGGUUAAUUGCUAUGCAACGUUAUGGUCCGCCUCCAAGUUACCCAAAUCUUAAAAUUCCAGGUUUAAAUGCUCCAAUUCCUGAAGGUUGUGCAUUUGGUUAUCAUGCUGGAGGUUGGGGAAAGCCACCAGUAGACGAAGGUGGUCGACCUCUUUAUGGAGAUGUUUUUGGAAUAUCUCGUGCACCAGGAAGCGAUGCUUUAGAUGAAGAUGUUGAUCGAGGACUUUGGGGAGAACCUGAAUCGGAAUCUUCUGGAGACGAAGACGAAGAUGAAGAAGAUGAGGGUGGCGAAUUGGAAGGGGAUGGAAAAGAAGGCGAUGGCGAUGCCAGUGGUUUGGUAACACCUGGUGCUGAAGGUUUAAUUACACCUAGUGGCAUUGCAUCAAUUCCUGCAGGACUUGAGACUCCUGAAACAAUUGAAUUAAGAAAGAAAAAAAUUGAGAGUGAAAUGGAGGGUGGAGACACUCCAGCGCUCUAUACUGUUCUUCAGGAAAAGAGAACUGAAAAUUUAGGAAACAGUAUGAUGGGCAGUACUCAUGUUUACGAUAUGACAGGAGGUGGCGGACAAGCACCUCCAUCAAUUAUGGCUGCAAGACGUGGAAUCAGCAAUGCGUCUGCUGACAUCAGAGAAAAAGAUGGCACAAUAGAAUUAGCACUAGAUCCCAGUGAAUUGGAUCUUGAUUCUGAAACUAUGGCUACUCGUUACGAAGAAUCAAUGAGGUCUAAACAUGCACAUAGGCGAGAAGAUUUGUCUGAUAUGUUACAAGAUCACGUUCAAAGGCAAAAGAGCAAGCGGAAACGACAGCAAAAUACGGACAACAAAUCUUCGAAAAAAUACAAAGAAUUUAAAUUCUGAACACUUUUGCAAUGUAUUAAAUUAUCAUGAAAAACGAUUAUUAAAAUAUUUCAAUCAUCUGAACGUAUUUAGAUUUUGAUUGUUCAAAACUUGUAUUACGUUACCUUUUGUUUACAAAUAAUUUUCAAAAUAAAAAAUAUAUGCAAAUGUAACAAUAUACACUUUGAAAUUAUGGGUAAACCAUUAUAAUAAAGCAGUAAAUCUAA